AUGGUCGGGCGGCUUAUCGAUGGUUUGGGGAAAAGAGGAGUCUUUGAGGAUUUGAACAUCAUCUUGCUGGGGGAUCACGGAAUGGUCGGCACGUGCGAUCAGAAACUCACCUUUCUCGACGAUUUAGCGCCGUGGAUUGACCUGGGUCCAACAGUAGUGUCCAAUCCUCCACAUUCGUCCAGCGCCACGCCAGACUCAGAUCUGGAGCUGUCCCAGAUUGUAAAAAAGAGUGAACGUACGAAGAAUUGGUCGACAAAUCAACCGACGAAGGGAAAGUUUCUGAAAGCUUACCAGAAGGAGGAGUUUCCGGAGCGGCUGCAUUAG